GUAUAUAUAUAUAGAAUAACAACAAACCCUAAUUUCACUCCACUCUUUUUUCACCCAAAGCAAAUUUCACUUUCUUCUUUAAACAAAAAAAACAAAAACAGCUAACAAAAAUGAGAGAAUGCAUUUCAAUUCAUAUCGGCCAAGCCGGAAUCCAAGUCGGUAACUCUUGUUGGGAACUCUAUUGCCUUGAACACGGCCUUCAGCCUGAUGGACAAAUGCCAAGUGAUAAGACUGUUGGAGGCGGAGACGAUGCUUUCAACACCUUUUUCAGUGAGACUGGUGCCGGAAAGCACGUUCCGAGGGCUGUGUUUGUUGAUUUGGAACCAACUGUUAUUGACGAGGUGCGGACCGGGACUUACCGUCAGCUGUUUCACCCUGAGCAGCUUAUUAGUGGUAAAGAAGAUGCUGCUAAUAACUUUGCCAGAGGUCACUACACAAUUGGGAAGGAGAUAGUGGACUUGUGUCUUGACCGUAUUAGGAAGCUUGCUGAUAACUGCACUGGGCUACAAGGGUUCUUGGUUUUCCAUGCUGUUGGUGGCGGGACUGGAUCUGGUCUAGGAUCACUGCUUCUUGAAAGACUGUCUGUUGAUUAUGGAAAGAAAUCGAAGCUUGGGUUUACUGUUUACCCUUCUCCUCAGGUCUCCACAUCAGUGGUAGAGCCCUACAACUCGGUGCUCUCAACUCACUCUCUCCUUGAGCACACUGAUGUCUCUGUUCUUCUUGAUAAUGAAGCUAUCUACGAUAUCUGUCGCAAAUCACUUGACAUUGAAAGGCCUACUUACACCAAUCUCAACAGGCUUGUCUCUCAGGUUAUUUCAUCAUUGACAGCUUCUCUUCGUUUUGAUGGCGCCCUGAAUGUGGAUGUGACCGAGUUCCAGACCAAUUUAGUGCCAUACCCAAGAAUUCAUUUUAUGCUUUCGUCGUAUGCACCUGUGAUUUCAGCUGAGAAGGCCUACCAUGAACAAUUAUCUGUUGCUGAAAUCACAAACAGUGCUUUUGAACCCGCCUCUAUGAUGGCCAAAUGUGAUCCCAGGCAUGGAAAGUACAUGGCUUGCUGCUUGAUGUACAGAGGUGAUGUGGUUCCAAAGGAUGUCAAUGCUGCUGUUGGUAUCAUCAAAACCAAGAGGACUAUUCAGUUUGUCGAUUGGUGCCCGACUGGGUUUAAGUGUGGUAUUAAUUACCAGCCACCAACAGUGGUUCCAGGUGGUGAUUUGGCUAAGGUUCAACGUGCAGUGUGUAUGAUCUCAAAUUCGACCAGUGUUGCUGAAGUGUUUUCUAGGAUUGAUCACAAGUUUGAUCUGAUGUAUGCAAAGAGGGCUUUUGUGCAUUGGUAUGUGGGUGAAGGUAUGGAGGAAGGAGAGUUUUCUGAAGCCCGUGAGGACUUGGCUGCAUUGGAGAAAGAUUAUGAGGAAGUUGGAUUGGAGUCUGCUGAUGGGGAGGAUGAUGGUGAAGAUGAGUAUUAGGUUAUUUCGUUCUAGUUUCAGUUGCUUUAUGAAUCCUAACUUUUACAAACCAAACUGGCUCUUUGGUUUUGAUUGCUAAAACUGAUGAUUAUGACUCUUAUUUUGUGAUUUUGUAGUGUCCUUGAAUAUUAGUGCAAUUGGUGUGUUCUGUCA